AUGAAGACAGCCAGUGGCUGCUGCUUGGAUGGAAAGGGCGCAUUGGCUAUGCUCUUUCUUCUUGGAGGGCUGCUUGUUAGAGUUGUUAUUAGAUUGUCUUCUAAUGUACAUAAUUUGUUGUUGUUAAUUAAGAAAACAUUGAAUAAAAUUUUAAAACUCAGAAUUGUAGGGCUUUACCCCGAAGGGAGCCCUUCCAGAAAUUCUCGAAGCACAGGGCUGAACCCAGGCCUAAGAGGGGGUUUGGAAAUAGUUUUCAACCAGCAAUAGACGCGCCUCGGUUAGAACCUCAUAAGCUGCGUCAUUGCCCCAAGCGCAAAG